AAAUUACCAAUGGAAUGAAGUUUGGACUUUUUUCCUUCUAGAGACUCAGUAGUUUUACCAGCUAGGACGGGUGAAUCUGAAGGAAUUCUCCUCUGGGCUUGCAUUAUGGAAAAUAGCUCUCAGUCCAGCAGUCAACAGGCUCUGUGGAAAGAUGUGGAGGUCGGAAAAGAGAAGAAGACCAGGUAUCGGAGUUACCAGCGAGGAGCCCUGAUUCUAGGGGUGGUCUUCUUGAUGUUAACCCUGGGCAUCUUCAGCCUCAGACACUUCUGGAGCCCAAGUCUGGGGAGGGUUUACGACCAACAUUACAAGGCCAUGCUGGACGGUAUGGAGACAGACAGUAUCAUGGAGAUUGACCCCGCCCACCGCAUUGAGAUCUUCAGGAUGGGGAACGGCAGUGAUGAGGUGCUCGAGGUCCACGACUUCAAACACGGAAUCACAGGGAUCUGGUUCGCCAAACACCAGCGGUGUUACAUCAAGACCCAGACCACAGAGCUUCCCAAAGUGACAGAGGUGGUGACAGUGGACACAGAGCUACUGGUGGUUGAGACAGAGGGCAUAGACAUGCAGGUGAUGGAGGACUCCCAGGUGUGGGUGCCUGCCGAGGAGCCCAUCGCUAAUCCAGCCUUCCUCCUCAACUCCAAGAUCUGGGAGAUAUGCCAGGAGCUGCCCAUCCACUGGAUCCAUCCCUCCCCCAUGAGAGAUGCUGAGUUCCACGAGGUGGAGGAUGAGGAGGACAUACCUGAUGCUGAGGUCAGGGGUAACCGCGUCGCUCGUGACGUCCUGGACCAGGUUCCUGUCAACGACUACAGAGACAUUGGAGUUGAGCUGGAUAACCGUCUGGAUGAUCAUGGCUACUGCUGCCAGCACUGUCGUCGUGGUUACCGCUACUGCCAGCGCUACUACGAGCCUCUGGGGGGGUUCAACCCCUACCCCUACUACUACCAAGGAGGACGUGUCAUCUGUCAGAUCAUCAUGCCCUGCAACUGGUGGAUAGCACGUAUGCUCGGGAGGAUCUGAUUGGAUAGUGGAACUGGAUUCAACUAUGUUUCAGCACAAAUGACAGGUGCAUUCAUUUAAGGCUGGAUUUACACUGCAGUAGGCUUAGUGUCUCAGCAACCGCGAAGAGACUUUAGUGCAUGCCAGAAUUUGUAUUAACUCUAAGCAAGAGUAAGUGACAUUUUGCUUUUGUGAACGCUUGGUAGAGUGUAAACCCAGCCUAGGCCCAUUAUCUUUGAAAAUAAUCAAAUCUACUGUCAGUCUCUCAUAAGUCUAAAUGGAGUUCUGGGAGCAUCUUGGUGAUUUCUCUAAAAGGCCUUGAUGUGUCAUCGGUGUGCUGAAGUGCAAUUUUUCUUUCAACAUGUAUUAAAUCUUUUUUAAAGAAUUUGUAACAGUAGCUAAAGAGCUAGUUUUGGCCGUUUCUCACGGUGCUGCAUUUCUUUCUCAUUUAAUUUCCUUCUUAAUCUUUUUGAUGAGUGGCGUGUAACCGACUUUCUCUUGCUGUGUGGAGCAGACCUAUGUUCAAAUAGUAUUUGAUUUCUUUCAAAUACUUUGAGCUUUUGAUUGAGCUUUCCUGGAGUGCUAGAUCGAUCAGGGUUUGCAUUUUUGGUACUAUCCUGGUGGUCCAAUCGCACAAGACAAACACAGCUAAAGUAUUUGAAAGAAAACAAACACUAUUUGAACCCACGUCUGCUAUGGCCUAUGACAACCAACAAUGUAUUUUAUGUAGAACAUACUGAAGUGCUGUAGCCUGCUCACUCUGUCAAGAGCAUUUAACCCUUUCUCGACUAAAAAAAAUAUAUGUCCUAUUUUUUGUGAAUGAUCUGUUUUGUUUACUACAAUUAGCAUGUUUAACUUGAAAUAUAUAUGUAUUGAUGAGGAGGUAUAUAAACACAGCAAAAAAACUAUCAGAAUGAGUCGACUAAUUAUAAUAAAGCAGCGGCUAUAGAUAUGCUUAAUUAUUUUAAUUCAACUUGCCAAUCUUUAUUUGAUGUAAAGUCAUUAUUGUUAUUUUAAGCAGCAUUGUUUUAACUGUAAUGGCUGUAAAUGACAUAAUUAUGCCACAGCUCAAUUACCAUUAUGUAAUGUGCACAUUUUUCUCCGUUGCUCAAUAGCUCACAGUAAUCAUGCUCUGAACAGUGAUUCUACCGGAAUAGAUAGGCCUACAACCACAAGAGAUACUGUAUGAUGGCUUGACAUGCUUAAGUUAUUAUCAAUUACAUGCAAUUAAAAUGUAUUUUGAUACUAAAAUACAUCUAAUGCUACUCA